AUGCCAGUGAAACCACAGGUAAGUAAGUACUUCGUGAAAAAAACUGGGCCAGCAAUAAGCCGCCGUACAAACUCCCAGGGAAAAAGCUCAGCUGCAACUGAGUGCGGGGACUGCUGCCACUGCCCCGAGCUCCUGGUGGGACCUUCCCAGGCUCCACGUCCCACAUCCCAUGGAGCUACUGGCCGUGCUGUUUCUCCUGCAGUGGAUAGAUUCUUAUCAGACAGUCUACGUCCUCUACAGCGUACAAAAAGGACCUGGGUUAUCACCACCAUUGACGUUCAAGAGGAGGACAAAGGACCAUUCCCAAAAUAUGCUGGACAGCUGUUCAAUAACAAAUCAUUUAAUACAUCAGUAAAAUAUUUAAUCAGUGGACCUGGAGUAGAUGAAUCUCCAGAGCUUGGACUGUUUUCUAUAGAAGAUGAUGCAAAUGGACAUGUGUAUGUGCAUCGUAGCAUUGACAGAGAGAAGACCCCAACUUUUCAGAUACGUUUUGAUAUUGUGUAUAGAAAAACUGGUGAACCAUUGGACAACCCUUUAUUUUUCAAGAUAAAGGUUAAAGAUAUUAAUGACAACGCACCUGAGUUUCUCAAGGAGGAAUACAGCAUUACAAUAAGAGAGAACCACAAUAAAGAUGAGCCAGUUUUCCAAGUUACUGCCUUGGACAAAGAUGAAGACGGCACUGUGAAUUCUCAGGUGUCCUAUUCUCUAAGUAUGCGAAUGCCCCUUCCAGACGGAUUCAUGUUUAAUAUUGAUCCUACCACAGGAUCAAUACUUCUGUCAGGAUGCCUGGAUUAUAAGAGUGCCAACUCUUUCAAAUUUCUGAUUAAAGCCAGUGACCAUGGAACACCCCAGCUGUCAUCUACUGCAACAGUGAAUGUAGUGGUUGAAGAUGCAAACAACCACCUCCCUGUAUUUACUAGCGAUAAUUACCAGCUACAGGUUUCAGCAGGUCAAGAACAUCCAGCUGUAUUACAGCUCCAAGUGGAAGAUAAAGACUCUCCCAACACUCCAGCUUGGAGAGCAAAAUACAGAGUAAUGAAAGGCAAUGAGAAGGAACAGUUCACCAUUGAGACGGAUCCAGACACAAAUGAAGGCAUUUUGAGUGUUAUCAAGCCUCUCAGCUAUGAAGAUGACUCUGAGAUGAGACUUGUCAUUUCUGUAUCAAAUGAAGAACCUUUCUUUUUGUGUAAAAACGGCACUGUGAUGAUCUCAGGCCUAGAAUCCACGAGUACAACUGUGAACAUCAAGGUCUUAGAGUUACAACAUGCUCCUAGGUUUCAUCCUCCUACACUUAUUGUCCAAAGAGAAGAUUCAAUGAAGCCUGGGAGAGUAUUUAGAAGGUAUCCUGCCACAUAUCCAGAUGAUGUGCCAAAUAAGAUAAAAUAUGAACUAGCCCAUGACCCAGAUGGUUGGCUGAGGGUGGAUGAGAAUUCUGGAGUUCUUACUGUGGCAAAAGAAUUUGAUCAAGAAUCCCCUCAUGUGAACAACAGCCUGUACACCAUUAUUGUUCAUGCUAUUGAUCAUGGUAUUCCACCACAGACUGGUACUGGCACCAUCCUGCUUUACUUGUCUGACAUUAAUGAUCAUAUGCCAACAUUAGUGGCUCCUUCUUUAGAUGUGUGUGACAAAAAAGAAGGGAUGCCUCUCAUUAUGAAAGCUAAGUCUGCUCCAGUCCAUUCACAUUCUGGGCCAUUUACAUUUGAGCUGGCUGAGGACUCUGAAGAUGUGAAGCAUAACUGGAAAUUAGGAAGGAACUUUGGGGAGUCAGUUGAACUUUUAAUGCUAAGAAGCAUUCCACAAGGUAGCUACUUGGUGCCCGUCAUUAUUCAGGACAGGAAGACCUUAGUUUUCCAACACAAGAUGUUGCCAGUUCCAUCUAGUAACCGAAGAGACCUUUUUUUCGAUAGCCAAGAAAACUUUCAAAUUACUAAGCACUAUGAUACAAUGUGUAAUGCAGAGGAAGGUGGUAUCCAAGGCUGA